GAUCGUGUUCAGAGAAAUGGCGGAUGGUCUCAGCGCGCAAUCCGCAGAUUCUGCUGCUCCGUCAGGAUCAAGUGAGAGUCGAGCUGAAAGGGAGCGAUGCUGGAACGCCGUGAAAAGCGACCCUAACGAUUUCAACAGUUGGACGCAGCUUCUGCAAGCCGUAGAAGCUGAGGAGGAAUUGGAGGCAGCUAGAGAGGCUUAUGACGCGUUCUUCAAGCGUUUUCCAUACUGCUACGGAUACUGGAAGAAAUAUGCAGAUUUGGAGUUGAAGAAAGGAAGUAUAGAGACGGCAUUGAAGGUCUACAGACGUGGAGUCAAAGCCAUUCCUCUUAGCAUCGACCUCUGGCUUCACUACAUCGAAUUCAGCCAGCAGUACGUCCAUCACUCAAGCGCUGAUUCGCACGCAGUCGAGAACCAACGACGGUUGUACGAGGAGGCUAUCCGUGUCGCCGGCUUGGAAUUCCGUUCCGACCGUCUGUGGGAGUCGUAUAUUGACUGGACGAAGGUACAGAACGAGUUGCCACGCGUCAUUCAGUUAUACGACAGAUUAUUGGCCAUGCCCACACAGCAGCACACGAAGCACUUUGAACAAGUAAGGGAUUUUGUGUAUUUGCAUCCACCGCAGUAUUUGAUGUCUGCACAAGAGUAUCAGACGUUGUGGACUGAGGUGAACCAAGGAGCAGAUGGGAGUAUUGAGGGAGAUCCCAGUCGAGGACUAGAGAGGGUGAAAGACAAGCUGGUGAGUCAACGUCAAGCGAUAUACCAACAAACAGAGGAAGACGUUCAGAAAAGAUGGGCAUACGAAGAAGGAAUCAAGAGACCGUACUUUCACGUGAAGGCUCUUGACAAGGCGCAGCUCGACAACUGGACGCAGUAUCUUGAUUUCGAGGUCGCUCAAGGCAAUUCGGAACGAGUUCAUCUGCUAUUUGAACGUUGUAUGAUUGCUUGUGCUCUUUACGAGGAGUUCUGGAUAAAGUAUGCACGAUACAUGGAAAGUCACAGCGUAGAAUCGUCACAAGAAAUCUACCGGAGAGCUUGCUCUAUUCACGUCCAAAACAAACCAGCAGUUCACUUUGCAUGGGCACUCUUUGAGGAAUGUCACGGGAAUGUUGACAGUGCAAGGGAGAUUUUGUCUAAUUUGAGUGCGAAGUAUCCGUCUCUACUUAGCGCUCGACUGCAGCUGAUUGGACUGGAGAAGAGAUGUGAUCGACAAGACGUAGUGACUGCUCUCUAUGACGAAGGACUUGCGUCCGCAUUGACACAAGACGAAAAGAGUUUCUUGUCGUCACAUUAUGCAGGAUAUAUUGCGAAGACAGUAGGAGAUGUUGACAAAGCAAAGUCUGUGCUGCGAGAUGCAGUUGAAAAAGAUCCCUCAAGCAAAUUACUAUAUCUUCAUCUGAUCAACAUGGAGCUUGCUAGCAACACGAGCGAACCAGAAAUUUUGAGUUUGUUUGACAAGGCUCAGUCCAGUGCAAUGUCAGAUGCCAACAAACAAUCCAUACAACAGAAGAAAAUCCUCUUCCUCCAACAGUUUAGCAGCAACCCGACACUUCUUAAAUCAGCCAUUGAACUGUAUGAGAGAAACUAUGGAGCUUUUGUAGUUGGCAGGAAGAGGAGUCGUCGACCAGAUGACGAGGAGCCUGCAGCAGCUAAAGUAGCAAAGGUCGAUAAUGGAGGCGUUGAUGGAGAAGUCGUUGAGCAGGAGAACUCGUUGGAGCAGCAGUCGUUAAUGCAGCAGCAGUGGGCAGCAUAUCAAGCUGCAGUACAAGCGAAUGCAGUCAACCCGGUGCAAGCUGCAGCAUUCUACCAGGCAGCAACUGCUGGUCAACAAGCCAUGUGGCCAUUCCAGCAACAGUUUCCGUCGCAGCAGCAGCAGCAGCAGACGUGAACUGACAUGCUCACAAUCAACUCAGCAUCUAUAGCUCACUUAACUCAAUCUAGUUUCAUGUCGUGCGGCAGCAGUCAAGUUGUUUUCAGUGCCAUGCUCUCGUACUUACUGACCUCCAGUCUUUUGCAGUGCUCUGUGUACUUAUGAUAGUGUUCAGAGGGUGAGUAGUCCUUGUGUGACUAGCAUUUGUAUACGAACUAAAUGAUCAUUGUCUCAGUUCACACCAUA